GUCCGGCUGUGCCAAAGUAGCCGUUACAGACACGAGUGGUGCUCAAACUUUAAGUUCCCAGCCAGGUCGACGCGUGGCGCACGGCUUCGGCAAGCGUUUCGGUGGCUAAUCCACCUAUCGACAGCUGCAGCCCCUCGGCAGCGCCCGACGCCGUCGACGCGAGCCAUGCUCGACACCCCCACAACAAAGCUACGCGUCCUUAUUGUAGGAGCCGGCUACGUCGCGCAGCACUUGAUCGCGCACCUCAAGGACGAUUUUGAGGUCGCCUACUCGCACCGACGAAGUAAUCCACCAUUCGAUAUACCAAAUGUGAAGUCGGUCUAUCUAGACCUAAGUGAUGACGACAGCAUCGCAACAACUCUACAUGAGACGCUCCCCGACGUCGUCGUCAAUUGCGCCGCGAUAUCGAGCCCAGCAAAGUGCGAGCAGGACGAAGCACGCGCAAUGAGCGCGAACUGCCCCCGGAACUUCCUCGAGGCCUUACACGCCUGCGUUCCUGAUGUUCUACUGAUCCACUUCUCGACGGAUCUGGUGCUGCCCGACGACGAAAAACCUGUUAGUGAUGGCGGCGUCGGCGCCAAGAGUGCAUCGCGGUGCAUUUGUGAGACACCAGUCCCGACCAACGCCUACGGCCGGUCGAAGUUGGCCUUCGAGAAGGCUUUAGUCGAGGGCUGGGACCGCUGUAUCAUUUUCCGCAUGUCUAACGUCGCUGGACCACUCGCACCAUAUGACAAAUCGGGCAAGUUCGCGCAGUGGGUCUCAAAUACAUUGAGGGACAAGGGGACGGUCGAGCUGUGGCGCGACGAAGUUAGGAGUUUUGUGGCGAUGCGCCAGGUCCGCGACGGGGUGAAAGCGGCCAUUCAGAAGUAUGGCGUCCGCCACGAGCCCGCCGACGACCACGAGGCCCGCGCGUUGGAGGCCGCGGCCUUGUCUCCGUCCGAAACGGCGCGCUUCCACCAUCGAGCGCGCGCCUUGCGGCCGGCUGUUUUUUUACAUUUGAAUCUCGGCGGGCCAAUGGCUCUCUCGCGAGUGCAGUUCGGCCGGGCCGUCGCCUCGGCCGCGGCUUUAGAUGCGGAUUUGGUGCGCGGGGCGUUGCGGCCGGCGGGGACCGCGCCCCUUUCGGUCGCGUUGGAUUCGUCGAGCUUCGUGGAGGCGCUGGGCGUGCCCUUGGUGCCUCUGGAUUUGGCGCUGCGGGAGGCGUUCUCGUCGACGUAAGUUUAUUUAUGAG